AUGGCCUCUUUGAUCAUGACGAACAUCAUGUCGCUCGACCGCGCCAGCGUGUGCCUGUCUCGAGCCUUCGAGUACGGCCAGGCCUACGUGGCCCUCUCCAGGGUCCGAUCCCUAGAGGGCCUCUCGGUGGUCGGCACGAUCGACCCCUCCAAGAUUAGGGCGCACCCACGGGUCGUGUCGUUCUACCGAGCCCUUAGCCGUGAGAGAAAGGAGGCGUUACGGAGGAGGGGCGGGGGGUGAAAUGUAAUAUAGAUGUACAGCAUAGGGCAAUCGAUCCUCCGUGGCCCCAGACUCUCUUCGCUACACCGCGGAAGAAAGAGAGAGUUCAGAGUCAGAGAGAAGUCUUGUGUCAAUUCUUGGGGGAGCGAAGUUAGUCAAUAUUGAGAGAGAGAGAGAGAGCGAGGUAGAGACAGAGGCAGAGACAGAGGCAAAAGAGAUCCGGUGUGUCUUGUCUGCUGGGUCGUCUCCUUUGUUCUGGCUUUGGCCGUCUUGGUCGUGUUUAUGUUUAGUUUUUUCUGGGUAGCCCUGCCGCGAUGUAAAUCGUACGUCCACGUCAGUUGGACCAGCCCGGACGGGCGUUAGAAGCAUGGCACGGAUGGUGUGUGUGUGUGUGUGUGU